AUGCAUAGAGGGCGGGAAGGCGUCGUGCGCGGCGGACUGCCGAGCCAUCGGUGCAGCCUAACUAAUGAAGAUUUAAAUCGACGCUGGUGCAAGCCAAAUCCUGUUUUGCAUCCUUCUAUCUACCAUACAAAGGGCUUAAUCGAAUAUUUAGUACGAGUUUGGAAAAAGCCUCCCCUUGUAUACUGUGAUUACCAUGGUCAUUCACGAAAAAAGAACGUAUUUUUUUAUGGAUGUGCCGGCGCAGAGAGCUGGUGCAGCAACGACAGACUCGUACAGGAUGAACCUGUUAAAUACCUCAUGUUACCGGCGCUGAUGCACCGGAUAUCGCCAGCAUUUGCUUUGGGCUCAUGUUCGUUCCGAGUGGAGAGGGAAAGAGAGAGUACAGCACGAGUCACGGUUUGGCGCCAUCUUGGUGUCACCCGUUCUUACACUAUGGAAGCCUCUUUCUGCGGGUUUGACAGAGGGCCAUUUAAGGGAUUCCAUCUGAACACGCAGCACCUACAGAACGUGGGCAGCGACUUUUGUGAGGCGCUCAAUGGGCUCAACGAUAACGCGACUAAUGUCGACAUUCAGCUCACUAAGGAUAUCAAUGGAGAAAUAGCAAUAGAUAGCGAGCCAGGCUCCGGAUCAGACAGUGUUCUGAAGACAGAUUCCGAUGAAGACUUUGACUAG